UAUUGGACACUGGACUUUCGCUUCGAUACAAGAUAUUGGCUGUGUUGCCACACUAAGAAAAAGAAUAUCCGACUGCCUCCUCCCUCUUGUAGAUCUACGCGCCAGCGAGCUGCAAUUCAGCAGAUGGCGACCAAACCAUUGAUUACUCCCUCACGUUCGACGUCCGCGUCAUCAAAAAGCAGCGAUUCAAUCAUAAAGAAGCGUGAUCCAUCUGAGCGCCGGUAUCCACAGUUUGCAGUGCCACAGCAAGAAUCAGGGCUGACCCCUACUCGACCAUUCGAAGAACCGCAGAGCCUUGUACAACCGCUAGCAGUACAGCAACCAUCGCGAGCUCCUUUGGAACCAUACUUACACCGACCGACGUUUCGAACGCCCGAGCAGGAGCGGCUUCCUUUACUACAAUUAAUGCGAUCACCACCCCAACAAAUGCUAGAGCCAUCGUUGCAGCCGCCCCUACGGCAGGCGCCACCAGCGUCUCUACAACUGCCUCCUCAACCGCCACUGCAAGCACAACCUGCAUCGCCCCAAUUUUACAUUCCCAUGUACACGGAUGCACAUUCAGGGAUAGCAUCCGUCCACGGAGAACCUCUACCGGCACCACAAGCGCUUCCAAGGGAAACUCUGUCACCAGUACCGCAUGCAUACGUUGAACCUGGAAUCACUCCUACAACGUUGCCGAAUUUAUCGCGGCUGCUGGAAUCUAUACAAACACCGCGCGUGGAAUCUCCGGAUAUGAUGGCAACGCCCAUGCUUCCACCUUCAGGGGACUACCUGCAGCAAGCAUCGCAACAACCAUUACUCAGCACUAUACCAACAGUGCAGCCAGCUCAGACGCUGGAGCAAAACGCACAUCCGCCGCUACAGUCGGCGCCGAAACGUGGGGAUGAUUCGCUGUCAUGCGACAGUCCAUCGCCCCAACCUGCUGAACAAAAUUUACCAUCAAAAACUCGCGAGGAGAGAAUGCAAAGUGGAAGCCCUUCUGGAGUCCCCACUAUUGAGGUGACCACGGACAACGACGAGAGAAGGUCUUACUAUGCAUGGUUUAUUUGCUCCCUCACAUUUGGUUCUCUCCUCCUUCCUGGCGGGCUGUUGCUGCUACCUCUAUUGCUUCCUGACACGGAAGCGGAUACCACUAGUACACCAGGCAACGGAAGUGUAAUAAACAACGACUCAACCAGAAACGUUCCAUCCGAGUGCUUCCAUAACGUCACCUUAGAAUCUUCCUUUCAAAGUUUAUAUGAAGGCAAUGUGCCACGGAAGGCGUCUACACUUCCUCCGAAGACUGUCUGCUGCGUGUAUAACGUUUCCCGCUUUCACAAGGCCGGAGAUUGGGACUAUCUCCCAAAACAUAUUCCAUUUUACCUGUGCACCUGCGUGAUUUACUGGUCCUACGGAAUACGCUCCGGAACUGUGUACAGCAGAGUACCUGCUUUCGACCAGCUCUACGGCGUCAGCCAGAUGGGCCGCUUAAAGAUAGCCAACAGGACCAUACUCCUUUUGGCGGUCGGUGGGUUCCCAGAAGACAGCGUCCAUUUCUCUAUGCUGCGCGACACCAGGCUCAUAGGCCGUUUCACCUCCCAGUUAGUGGACACUGUGCUGGACAACAACUUCGACGGCGUCACCAUCCACUGGACGUACCCUGGGGAUGCCUGUGGCAGCGACGCUACCGAUGCAGACACCAUGGUCGAUAUCAUGACUCGUCUGAAAGCAUUAUUUGGUAUGAACAACCGACCAGACGCAAAGCUCAGCGCGAUUUUCCCGUCUGAUGUUGACGCACUCUCCGAAGGCUACAACGUGAGUGCGUUGGCCAGCAUGCUCAGUUUCAUGUUCUUCGAGACGCACAUGAUAAAAUACAAAAAUGCGAUGUAUGGCUGCUGUCGUAAUGCAGACGCUACGUUCGAUGCACUGCGCAAAGUUCAACGCAGAUACAAGAUUCCGGGGCCGAUUGUUUGUUUCAGUGCAAGCGUGAAGCUGUGGGCAGUAAAACUCCUGAUUGCGAAAAUGAUGCCGUAUAGGUAUGCGGGCCGUCUGCCGUCUUACUCCGUGAGCAACGAAAGAGGGAGGGUCGCAGCGUUCGAAGCGUGCGAGACAGCGAAUCUGACAAAGGAAAUUUGGACGCAGGGUUGCUACAAGUAUUGCCAGGGGUACACUGGUACGACUGUGAAGGAUGGCGUGAACACUUUCUUUCUGACGGAGUCGAAGGAGUCUUACAUACUGAAAGUCGACUCACAGCACUGUAUCUUAGUGCACGACAUAGACUAUGACUCGUACAAAAGUAAUUGCGUUGGAGCGCUUGGCGUGGACAGCUUGCUAACGGAGGUUGUCGGAGCGGCAAUGGAUAUUAUCUAGGAACGUUCGACAAUUCAUUGAUCAAUUU